UCUUGAUUCAGAUUAUGGUACUUGGAGAGUGACAAAGGCAAGAACAUGGUGCGUUUAUCAUUACCAAAAUUUGCUAUUAAUUAUGCACGGAGACAAAAGUAUAUGAGGGAAAAGCAUGGACACUACCAAAUCAAUGGAAAAUCAGUGAAUGGACCUAGAAUACUUACAAAAAAGGGCAUACAAAUAGAAAACCCUCAGACAUAUAUUCACCCUCCAAAACCAGAAUGGAAACCGACACGUAAACUGCCAAAUGACUUUAGACUUCAACGGUUUAUAAAACCUAAGAAAGAAGAACAAAAAACGUCGUGGAAUGUGCUUCCUGAAGUCAAUUUUACAGAAGGUAAUGAUAUAAUAUCUCUCUACAGUUAUGGCUUAUCUCAAAAGAUGGACACACAUAAUUAUGACAUAAUGAUCAAGAAUUGUAGA